UUCAGAGGCAGGGUUUGGAGGCGGUGGGCGUGGUGUCAUGGGGCUCAUUUGCAUAGUGCUCAGUAUAUAUAGUGCGCAUGAGGCUGGGGACAUUACUCUGCCUUUCGCCUGAUCUGUUCUCUUCACAUCAGUGUGUCUGAAAACCUGAUCCCUGCAAACAUGUCUGACAAAGCCGAUGUCUCAGAAGUCACGAGCUUCGACAAGUCCAAACUGAAGAAGACCCAGACUGAGGAGAAGAACAUUCUGCCAACCAAAGAAAUUAUCGAGCAGGAGAAGUCAGGAUGAAGGCCCGGCCUCCUGCACGCUGUACAUUCCACAAGCCUUACCCUUUAUCAACCUUUCCUAAAUGCAUUCUCAGUUGCAGCACUCUGAUUUGACAAACUGCUGCACAACCACACACACCAAACCUGUCAGUUGCCUAAAAUGUCCCCGUUUACAGUAAGGAAGCGUGAUUCAGUGACGGCAUGGGUUCCUUGUCAUCUGUUUUGCUGUGGCUGAAAGUCGAGGUGUGUUCUGAAACAACUGAGGGACCUGCUCUUUACCACCUGUAGUCCUCUGGCCACCUGUGAAUGCAAACAAAGCAGAUCUCUUUUUUUUUUUACAUAUAAAGAAAAAAUGCCUGGAAUGCACAAGUUUAAAUAUGCAAAAUAAAAAGUGUAAAUUUA